AUGAUGGCUACAGCUUUUUCAUGGCAACCCCAACUGCCCACACGCUUGCACAGGCGCCUGCACCCAAGCCCCUUUAUCGAUGCUGGCACAGGACUUGCUUUUCAAUGCAGCAUCCACAGGCGCCCAAUCUCCUUCGUCCAUUCUGGCAAGGCAAUUGCUUUCCGAAGUGACUUUGAUAGGUUUGCAAAAGAUGCAUGGCGCACUGCCAAUGAUGGCUUUGAGCAGUUGCUAUUUGAGGCCAAGAAGACGGCCGAGCGUAUUGAUCGUAGGUACUCAGUGUCACAACGUGUCAGUGCUGUUGCCCAAUCUGCUUCAGAUCGCGCCCGUGAGAUUGAUAGAGAGUAUGAUAUUAGUCUUCGAUGGCGCACUUUCAGCAUGGAUUUUAGCAGAAAUUGGCCUAGGAAACAAAUUAGAAGGUCUUGGUUCAUUGACACUGGUGGAGAAGGCAAUGACUUUUUAGGUGAUAAGCACAGGUACAGGAAGCAAAUUAAUGACUUUAUGGAUACCCCGUUAGGAAGGAGUUUUGUUACUAUUUUUUUCCUCUGGUUUGCAUUAUCUGGAUGGAUGUUUCGGUUCUUGAUAUUUGCUACAUGGGUUCUUCCGAUUGCUGGACCUCUUCUCAUUGGGACUUUGGCGAAUAAUCUUGUUAUUAAGUAUAGAGGUUCACUAGUCCUUGCAUAUAUCAAAUUUGGACAGGGAGCUUGUCCAGCUUGUAGAAGACAGUUCGUUGGUUACAAGAACCAAGUGAUUCGUUGUGGUGGCUGUGGGAACAUCGUGUGGCAGCCGAAGGGGGACUUUUCAGGCGGUGGACCUAGGGACUUCUUUUCUGGAGGUGGUAGAGGGACCAGGCGUUCAAAGUCCGAUCCUGAGAUCAUUGAUGUUGAUUUUGAGGAAAAAUCAUGA